AUGACGGAAAAAUUUGAUGGCUUUGAGUACAGUACGAAAGAUGUGAUUGGUCAUGGAGCGUUUGCAAUCGUAUACAAAGGACGGUACUCAGAUAAGCCUGAUAUUCCGGUAGCGAUUAAAGCAAUUGCAAAAAAAAAUAUAGCAAAAUCCAAGAAUUUGCUCACAAAGGAAAUAAAAAUAUUAAAGACUUUAAGUGGACUACAGCACAAUAAUCUAGUAGCGUUGCUUAAAUGUACAGAAACAGCCACACAUGUUUAUUUGGUUAUGGAAUAUUGUAAUGGAGGUGACUUAGCUGAUUAUCUUAGUCAAAAAACCACACUGCAAGAGGACACUAUUCAUCAUUUUGUGGUACAAAUCGCCCGUGCACUGGAAGCAAUCAAUAGGGAGGGAAUUGUUCAUCGUGAUCUCAAACCGCAGAAUAUUUUAUUGUGUAAUCCCACUCGUCACUCGAAUCCGCCAGCGACAGAUUUAAUUAUUAAACUAGCCGAUUUUGGUUUUGCAAGAUUUCUUUCUGAAGGUGUUAUGGCUGCAACUUUGUGCGGGUCUCCAAUGUACAUGGCUCCUGAGGUUAUUAUGUCUUUACAAUAUGAUGCCAAAGCUGACUUAUGGUCGAUAGGGACAAUACUUUUUCAGUGUUUAACCGGAAAAGCACCAUUUCAAGCGCAGAACCCUCCACAACUGAAGGCGUACUACGAGAAGAAUCGUGACUUAAAGCCGAACAUUCCCGAUUACUGUUCUGCGUCGUUAAGAGAUCUUCUUCUUCGUCUGUUGAAAAGGAACGCUAAAGAUCGAAUAACUUUCGACGAGUUCUUCAACCAUCCGUUUCUUCAUGAUGCUCCAGCUGCAAGUCCAUCAAAGCGGAUACUUGACUCCGCUUCACCCAUGGUUGUACGCCGUGUUGUUCCACCACCAUCGUCAUCAACUUCACCAUUGCCAACACGUUCACGACUAGAUAGCCCACAACCCUCCCGACGAACAGUGAAGGUUGCUUCUAUAUCUGUCAAAGUUUUUUUUAUAGCCAAAGUGGUUAGGUCUCAAAGGUGUCUAAAAUUUGGCGAUUGCCUUCUUUUUAAAACCUACAUGUUUAAGAUUCUGGCCAAGCUGAGAUUUGUCGUGGAACUGGUGGAUACGCUUGUCCAAGUUGCUGAGCAGAAAGAAAAUCCCCUCAUUGCUGCGAUGACUAAUAGAAAAGUAGGUGUCUCAACUGAGCCAUCGUCCGCAUUUAGGCGAGCGGAACAACUAGUGGUAUAUGUACGAGCUUUGCAUAUGUUGUCUUCGGCAUUACUCUUGGCGCAAAGAAAUGUAGCGAGCCGCAUACUUCAUCCGUCACCAGCAGUCCAGAAUGUUCUCAAUGUACUUAAUGACAAGUAUCAUCAAUGCUUGGUAAGGUCACAGGAAUUGGCUUCUCUUGGGCUACCUGGACAAGAUCCUGCAAUGGCUGUUAUUUCGGCGGAGCGAAUAAUGUACAAGCAUGCAAUUGAAUUGUGUCAGACAGCUGCACUGGACGAGUUAUUUGGGAACCCACAAUUAUGCAGUCAAAGGUACCAAACAGCUUACAUGAUGCUGCACACGUUAUCCGAACAAGUGCACAGCGAUCAAGACCGCAACGUACUGUCUCGUUAUAAAAACGCCGUCGAAAAAAGGCUUCGUAUUCUCGAACGACAAGGCUUCGUAACAGCUGUCAAUACGUGCUAA